GCGGCUAGUACGCUUUUAGCCAGCUGGCGCAAUCGUGGCUCCUUUACGUACGCUGCGCCCGCCAUGGCCGUUAUCUUAAACUUUUUGUCAUCGCUUGCUUUUCUUGCCUUGCCCACGGCGUUUUUCUACCGCGCACUCGUGUAAUUAUUCCUUCGUUUUGCUAGCAUAGCAUCGCUUAUGCACCGCCCUCGCUUCGUUCUAUUCUGAUUAAACCGCACCUCAACAACCGCUCGCUCUUGCAACGCAUCGCCAAGGGCUUCAAUUGCGACUUUGCGGACAGCUUUGCCUGAAUACGUCAACGCGGCUCUCGGUACAUUCUACCGGCCACACAGCACACACGACUACCAUAACAUACGAACCAAAAGUAUCGCUAUAGAUGCUGUCACGAUGGGAAAACACUCACAAUAUGGCGUCAUAUUAGACGCAGGAUCGUCUGGAACUCGAGUAUACGUCUAUAAAUGGAAAAUUUCGAGCGAGCCAACCGCAAAACACCGACUUCCUAAACUCAAGCUCGCCAAAAACAAGAAAAUCCACCCAGGUGUUUCGACAUUUGCCGACGAUGUACACGCUGUAGGACCCGAUCAUUUGAAAGCGCUCAUGGAUACCGCCUUGAAAGAGGUACCGAAAUCCAAGGUUGCAGAAACACCCGUCUACUUGAUGGCAACGGCCGGCGUCCGACUUCUCGAACCGAUGAAGCAAAAGGAGCUUCUUGCUUCCAUCUGCGACUACCUACAAAAGAAUACCGGAUUCCAGCUGCCUGACUGCAAUGCCCAUGUCCAAGUUAUUCCUGGAGAGACAGAAGGCCUCUAUGGCUGGAUUGCUGCCAACUACUUGCUAGGCGGUUUCGACAACCCAGAGAAGCACCCUCAUGGCAAAGAGCAUCAUACAUACGGAUUUUUGGAUAUGGGAGGUGCAUCCGCCCAGAUUGCAUUCGCCCCCAACUCGACAGAAUCUAAGACACACUGGGAUGACCUCAAGAUUGUGCGUCUGCGUGACCUCGAUGGUACACCGCUCGAGUAUAAAGUCUUUACGUCCACAUGGCUGGGCUAUGGCGCAAACCAAGCGCGCGAUCGCUAUGUUGAGGAAUUGCUCAAGGCCUAUGAUGGCGACGGGGUUGAUAUGCCAGACCCAUGUCUUCCUGUUGGCUUGAGAGUAACAACGACGGGCGACAUCCUUAAAGAUAACGACAAGUCGGAUAAAAAGGUGCUGAUCGGAACAGGAAAAUUUGACGAAUGCAUGUCGAAGACGUUUCCUCUUUUGGGAAAAGAUAAGCCAUGUGCCGAUGCACCUUGUCUGCUAAACGGCCAGCAUGCUCCCGCUAUCGAUUUUGACAUCAACCAUUUCGUUGGAGUCUCCGAAUAUUGGCAUACGACCCACGGUGUCUUUGGAAAAGAGGAUGUUGCAUAUGAUCUUGCCAAAUACCAGAAGACUGUUAAAGAAUUCUGCACCCGGGAGUGGUCAUCUAUCGCUGGCGAUAUUAGAUCCCGAAAAACGGACGACGAGAAGCUGGACGAGGCCCGACAAGCCUGUUUCAAGGCGUCUUGGCUUAUAAACAUGCUGCACCAGGGAAUUGGCAUCCCCCAAAACCCUGAAGAGCAUUUAUUGAAGCCGGGAGCCGAUGUCUCGAAGGAUAUUAUUGAGGAUCUUAAGGAACAAGGUCUUCUUAACCCCUUCAAACCUGUCGACAAGAUUGACGAUGUGGAAGUUAGCUGGACGCUCGGCAAAAUGGUUUUAUAUGCUGCUGGUCAAAUUCCUCCUAGAGGCGACGAAUCGCCCGUUGGAUUCGGCAGCAACAGCAAGCUUGACGACUUUGAGCACGCUGGAUCAACGCCUCUUAAGCUUGUUGUGGGAGGAGACGACGACGAUGAUGAUGAUGCACACGGAGUCAAGCCAGCAAAGAGUUCCGCGCUGGGCCUUAUUUUCUUCAUUAUUAUAAUUGCAGCUGUGGCAUAUUGGCUGCGGAAACCGGAGCGACGACGAAAGCUGUUUGCCAACAUUCGCCGACGCAGAAAGGCUGAGGGUGGACGCCGCGGCGUCAGAACAGUAUCAUUUUUCAACAGAAUUGUUGGACGCAACACACCCACCUAUGAAAGAGUGCUCGAAGAAGGCGAUGCGGCUGAGUUUGAGCUUGGUGGUAUGGACUCUGACGAGAACGAUCAUUCUGAUGGUACGGAAGGCUCACCUCCUGGUCGACGCUCUGGCAUCACCACCCCAAAGUUUGCCAUUGGAAGCACAGAAGAUUUGAGGCCACCGCCACCCAUGGAUCGCAAUGGACUCGUCCUGCGCACUGAGAGCCGUGAGCACCUUGCGCCCAAUGUGCAGAUGCUGAAUGCAGGCAGACGCAGCAGAACAGGCAGCCCAACUCGGAGGGCAAGCCCGUUGACAGCGGUCAUGUAAAGAGCUUAUGAUUAUGACUUGGCGUUUGGGAAGCACUCCUGUCCUGACAAGAUCUGGACCUUAUGUUCAAAUUGGUUUAUUAGCUUUGUAUAUAAUGUAGAAACCGUAUAGCUUCUAAUAAUAGGGUAUCGAAGAUGCAGAGGUACGCUACCAACAGCGGCGCCUAGCUUCUAAUUCACUUUCAAAGUAUUUUUUUUUUUUUGGAUUCACCUUGCGAUCUCAAUGUUGCAUGUAAAUGGUGUAAUAGCAUCAGUCUGAUUGCUUUUCCAAAAAGCUAGGGUCUGCCCGUACUCGAGAUUCGAACUUGCGCCACCACUCUUCAAACGCCUUGAGAGGCACGACUUCCAUGCCGCCAGGGCCCGUGCUUCCGCUGAAACCGGCUAAGAAGUUGAAGGCGUUUUGUAUAAUCCGCUGAGCCAGGACUGCUGUCGAAGGCUGCGAUGACGAGCUGCCACCAGAGCUAGCCUUGUUUGCUGCCAAUUGCUGCAGCUGUUGGCCGACGGCAUCUUCACCCUCGACUGAGACGCCAAUCACCAAGCCGCCAGCGUUUCCGGCGGCGCUUGACCCGACUUUGAACAUGGCACUCUCCUUACCUGGGCCAAUGGCACCAAGGAAUUUGAAGUUUGCUUGCGCUUGCGCUGUUGCUACAUCGUUCGCGGUCGCGAGAUAUAUCGACGCGGCAGUAUUCGGAGGGAGUGUGACGCCGGGGAGGAGGAAGACGACAAUGUGAUCGAAGCGCUUCUCAACGGGCAGGGCGUAGAGAAACGAGGUGGGCGCCGGGUUUGCGCUGGGUUCCGUGAUGGCUGGAAGACCCGCAGGUAUCAGGCCAAAGAGCGGUGAAGCCAUUGAUGCUGCUGUUGUUUCGAAGAAGAAAAUAAAAGGUGAAGGUGAAGUGAAGAGCGCGUUGCUGCGGGCGGUGGUUUCACUUGCUGCUGAGAGCGCGGGGUCGUGAGAAAAAACACAGUACAAGGCGUUUGCAGCUGUGUGAAGCUGAGAGCGGCGCAGUUAAAUAUACUGUAUCAAUGGUUUAUAAAUGAAUAGUAGAAGAGCAGUUGUACAGGUUAAUAAAUAUAAAAGCGCCUUCUUAAACAGAAAUGGACGCCGCGAAGAUGUCUGGAAGCAAGCUGAA